UCCCGGUGGAGGAGCCCAGGCUGGUGUGUGGGAAUGUGCCGGGCAUUGCAUGGAAAAGAAAACCCAAUCAGCGAUUUCUCGGAAUUUCAACAUUUCAACUCGCCCGCGCUGUGAGACGCUUACCAAUAUUUCUCUUUUCCUCUGAAACGAUUUUAAGUUAUCGGGAUCAUACAGAUUUUUCCACCUAACCAUUGGCUUUUCUACAGUACGAUUAUGAAGUGACAUAAAAGCACCAUAUCAUAUUUAAGCAAAGAGGACCCUCAACAUAUAAAAACUCGUUUUUUGGGGGGUUUUUUCUACACCUGAAGACCAGAAUAUUUGCUUCAAGGCUCGCUCCCUCUCCCUCUGCGGGUGAAGCUGUGCACUGAAGCCUGCUGGGGUGGAGGAGGACCUGUGGUGACCCCCUGUCUGGAGGAUCAGUGAGGGGAUGCGACCUCUCGCUGGACGAAGUUUGGAAAGCUGGCCGGUGUGGGGCGGUGCAGUGAGCAUGGCUGAGCCGCGGCACCAGAGCAGCAGCAGUCUGCAGAGGAAGAAGCCUCCCUGGCUGAGGCUGGACAUCCCCCCCGCUCAGCUGUCCCUGGAUGAGCCCCCCACCUUCGUACAGCCGGUGAAGCGGCAGGGCUUCCUGCGCAGCAUCAGUAUGCCAGUGGAGCACACACAUCUCAGCUCUCCUCCCUGUGACCCCCGUGACCUCCGGCGAACUGCCUUACAGCGCCAGCCCUCCAUCACACAGACCAUCAAGAGCAGCAAGAAGGUGCGCUUUGAGCGGAUUAACACGGUGCCCAUUAAAGGGCAGCGGGCUGGUCGCCGUGUGCCCCGGAGGCGCCGGUCCCUGUCCAAAAUCUUCCUCAGGGGCACGGCGGACUGGUUCGGUGUCAGUAAGGACAGCGAUGCCACACAGAAAUGGCAGAGGAAGAGCCUGCGGCACUGCAGCCAGCGCUACGGCAAGCUGAAGCCCCAGGUCAUCCGCGAGAUGGACCUGCCCAGCCAGGACAACAUCUCCCUCACCAGCACUGAGACGCCCCCGCCCCUCUACGUGCCCUCCUCCCAGCAUGGCAUGCAGAAGAUUGUGGACCCCCUGGCGCGGGGGCGAGCCUUCCGCAUGGUGGAGGAGGUGGACGGCUACAGUGUGCCCCAAACUCCCAUAACCCCCGGCGCCGCCUCGCUCUGCUCCUUCACCAGCUCCCGCUCUGGCUUCAACCGGCUGCCUCGGCGACGCAAAAGGGAGUCCGUCGCCAAGAUGAGCUUCCGGGCGGCAGCUGCUCUGGUCAAGGGCCGCUCGUUGCGGGAGGGCACUUUGCGGCGGACGCAUAGACGCAGUUUCACCCCGGCCAGUUUCCUGGAAGAGGAUACGGUGGACUUCCCUGACGAGCUGGAUACCUCCUUUUUUGCCAGGGAUUACAUGAUGCACGAGGAGCUCUCCACGUUCGCUGAUGAGGUGUUCGAGUCGCCUUCGGAGGCCGCCAUCAAAGUGGCGGAGUCGAGCAAGGCGGCGGACGACAGCGACAUGACAGGCAGCGCACUGGAUAAGAGUGAGCUGGAGAGGAGCCACCUCAUGCUGCCUCUGGAGCGAGGCUGGCGGAAGGGCAAAGAGGGCGCGCUGGUGCAGCCCAAGGUACGUCUGCGGCAGGAGGUGGUGAGCCUGAGCGGCCAGCGGAGGGGGCAGCGCAUAGCCGUGCCCGUCAAGAAGCUCUUCGCCCGCGAGAAGAGGCCCUACGGCCUGGGCAUGGUGGGCAAGCUCACCAACCGCACCUACCGCAAGCGCAUCGACAGCUACGUCAAGAGGCAGAUCGAGGACAUGGACGACCACAGGCCUUUCUUCACAUACUGGAUAACAUUCGUCCACUUGCUGAUCACGAUCCUGGCAGUGUGCAUCUAUGGCAUUGCACCAGUGGGCUUCUCCCAGCACGAGACUGUAGAUUCUGUUUUAAGAAAUAAAGGUGUUUACGAAAAUGUCAAGUUUGUACAGCAAGAAAACUUUUGGGUUGGGCCAAGUUCGGAGGCGCUGAUUCACCUGGGAGCCAAGUUCUCCCCCUGUAUGCGGCAGGACCAGCAGGUACAUGAUCUGAUCCAGGAGAAGAUGGAGAAGGAGCGCAACUCAGCCUGCUGCGUGCGCAACGACCAAUCAGGCUGUGUGCAGACGUCUGAGGACGAGUGCUCUACUACGCUGGCCGUGUGGGUGAAGUGGCCCCAGAACCCCAGCGCCCCACUGCUGAAGGGCAAAGUGAGGCAGUACGGAUCUGUGUGUCACCAGGACCCCAGGAUGUGUCUGGAGCCAGCCUCUGGGUCCCCCCACGAAUGGCCUGAUGACAUCACAAAGUGGCCGAUCUGCACCAAGUUCAGCACAGCAAACCACACCAACCUGCCCCACAUCGACUGCGCCAUCACCGGCCGCCCCUGCUGCAUCGGCACCAAGGGGAGGUGUGAGAUUACGUCCCGGGAAUACUGUGUCUUCAUGAACGGUUACUUCCAUGAAGAAGCCACACUCUGCUCACAGGUGCACUGUAUGGACGAUGUGUGUGGGCUGCUACCAUUCCUCAACCCUGAGAUCCCGGAUCAGUUCUACCGGCUGUGGCUCUCCCUGUUCCUCCACGCCGGGAUUCUGCACUGCCUGGUCUCAGUGUGCUUCCAGAUGACCAUCCUGAGGGACCUGGAGAAGCUGGCGGGCUGGCUGCGCAUCUCCAUCAUCUACAUCCUGAGCGGCAUCACCGGCAACCUGGCCAGCGCCAUCUUCCUGCCUUACAAGGCCGAGGUGGGGCCUGCAGGCUCUCAGUUCGGCAUCCUGGCCUGCCUGUUUGUGGAGCUGAUCCAGAGCUGGCAGAUCCUGGCCCGGCCGUGGCGCGCCUUCGCCAAGCUGCUCUGCGUGGUCCUCUUCCUCUUCGCUUUCGGCCUGCUGCCCUGGAUCGACAACUUCGCCCACAUCUCCGGCUUCAUCUCGGGCUUCUUCCUCUCCUUCGCCUUCCUCCCCUACAUCAGCUUCGGGCGCAAGGACAUGUACCGCAAGCGCUGCCAGAUCAUCAUCUUCCUGGUGGUGUUCGUGGGCCUGUUCGCCGGCCUGGCGGUGCUCUUCUACGUCUACCCCAUCAAGUGCGAGUGGUGCGAGCUGCUCACCUGCAUCCCCUUCACGGACAAGUUCUGCGAGAAGUACGACCUCAACGCGCACCUCCACCGAGACGCCACCGCACCUGCAGGCCCAGGGUGAGGCGGGGGGACGGAGAGGGGACAGCUGGGCUGGUGCUAUUCCCAAAUCCCCCACCUCCAAGAGAAUGGCUGAAGGUGGAGUGUCGUCAAACCCUCUGACUCUAUCCCCCUCCAAAAACUGACAUUCAUCCAUUUUGUUUUAUUUUUGUAACUUUUCCAAGUCCCGUCAGUAGAGCUUCAUAGAAUCACGGAUGCUUUAACCCUAAAAUGUUUCUCAUUUCCAUCAACCUGAAUUAUUCAGCCUUCUCAAUUACUCUGGAAGUGAUAGAAAUAUCUCCAUAUCAUCCGAUUCAAUGGAGAGAGCCACCCUCACCAACAAACCCUCUCGUAUCUACUGGAGAGGAUUCAGAGGAACUAGCCCUGCAUAGACUGAUACUCCACCCAGGUGCUACUCCUCUGUUCACUUGAGAAAAUGUUGACAGUUUAGAUGGUUUUAGAAAUUUUUAUUAUCAUUUUCGAAGCACUUCACAAACCAGGCUUAGGUUGAAAUAUUUUCUUGGGAAACCUCAGAGACAGCCUCCACCAGGGGAAUGAAAACCAACUAUAAAAACGCCUUUGGUGCCUUGUUGAUAAAUGUACCAACUACUGCCAUAUUUUUGUUACACUAGAUUGAGCACUCAAAUGUUAACCUUUUAUUUGUUUACUGCUACUAAAGUGGUGAUGAAUGACGAAAGAGGUAGUGUUUUAGCUACCACCUACUUAACUUGUAACUGAGAAUACAGCAGGAGAGCCUCACGCUG